GGUAUGGUGCUCUGAUGGUACACGGUGAUGGUCAAGUGGCACCACUUGAUAGGCGUAAAACACCGCCCCUUGGCGUGAUAGUGACGGUGGUGAUUCAUGGUGGCGUGACAUCAUGGAAAUUCUCAACAAGCACCGAAAAUGGUUGGCACGACACCCUUCUUGGAGAACAAUGUUAAGAACCUUGAGAGGAGGAGAUCUUUUGAGAAUACACACACAAAAAUUAUCAUCAAAAUUCCUCACGUAAAUUUUCAUGGUAUCAGAGCAGUAGACCUGGGAGACCUGGUCCGAUCGAAGCUACAUGGUCGAGGUUGCGACGGAAAAUCCCUUUUCAAAAGGCACCGGUGAAGAAGAAAUCAUAAAGGUAAGCCCUUAUGAACUAAAAUCAGUGGAUACCCCCGCGUUGGUGAUUACACAAAUCAAAUUGACUGGAGACAAUUACGAAGAAUGGGCUCGGGCCGUGCGCAUCGCACUCCGUGCCAAACGAAAAUUUGGCUUCGUUGACGGGUCUAUUCCUUUGCCCGAAGACGAUGAAGAAAAAGCUGAGGAAUGGUGGAUCGUCAACGCCAUGUUGGUGUCCUGGAUCUUUAAUACUAUAGAUGGUUCUCUUCGAAACUCCAUCACACAAGUCGAAGAAGCGGCGCUGUUAUGGAACGACAUACAAGAACGGUUCUCGGUGGCAAACGGACCGCGGGUUAACCAACUCAAAAAGGAACUGGCAAAUUGCAGACAAAAUGGGCAGUCCAUCACCUCUUAUUAUGGCAGAAUGAAGAGCAUAUGGGACAAGUUGGGAAGCAUCGAAAACCUUCCCGCAUGCGCGAAAUGCCGUGCGUGUAAGUGUGGGACAAUCAAAACGAUCGAGACCCAAAAGGAGGAAGAGAAGGUGCAUCAGUUCUUAAUGGGACUCGAUAAUGAAGGAUAUAGCGGCGUACGUUCUAACAUCCUAAGCACCGUCCCGAUCGCACCCCUUAACCGUGUGUACUCAACAAUUAUACAACAAGAAGGUGUUCUCAAAGUGACCACCCAAGAGGAGGAGAAAAACCCGGUCAGUUUUGCCGUGGUUGGUCGUACGGAUCGGGAUCGUGCUAACCGGGACAUAACUAGAGAUGUUAGAUGCAAACACUGCGGCGUCACUGGACAUGAAAUCAGCGGCUGUUUUCAACUCAUCGGCUACCCGGAGUGGUGGGGCGAUAGGCCGCGGGGACAAAUUGGCGGGCGAGGAGGAGGCCGGAACGGUCGCGGAGGAGGACGGCAGGGGGGCAGGACUGGCACACCGGGUGGUCGAAACAACCGGACCACUGGAACUGGAGCUGGUUUCGGUGCCACUACCACGGCUCACACAGCUCGUGCAGAGAAGGGAAAGGGAGACAACGAAGGAUUCACGUCCGAGCAAUGGAGCACUUUGAUGAACCUUUUAAAAGAAAAGGAUAUUCCUCUGGAAAACAAAUUUUCAGUAAACUUGGAAAACACGUCCGAACCACCCCUCGUCAACAACGACGAGGAUCACCCGUCCUCUCGCACCACAGCACAGCCGGCCAACAUCGCCACCGAUACACCUGCCACCGAAACCAGCCUUGAACCCGAAAACAGCCCUGAAAACAGCCCCGAACCCGUACACAGCCCUGAUCCCAUCCCUCUGCGCCGAAGUACCCGCGAAAGACAACCCUCCACCCGACUUCGUGACUUUGUUGUCCACGUUAUUCAAGGACCCGCGGGCGCCUCCCCGCCUUCGAUUUUGUCCUCAGUUGCUCUCAGCAGAUUUUUGUCAAAGAUUGCUGAUCGAGCGACACCAUUCUGUAAGACAAUCAAGAAAGCCAAAGGGUUUGCAUGGACGGAAGAUUGCCAGCGGUCACUUGAAGCGUUGAAGGCCUAUCGCCUCUCCCUACCAGUGCUUUCAAAGCCGAAGCCAGGGGAGACAUUGUACCUAUACCAGGGUGUCUCUCCCCACGCUGUGAGCUCAGUGCUUCUCAGGGAAGAGGAUGGUAUACAGCAGCCAGUGUACUACGUAGCCAGAGUGUUGAGGGGAGCAGAGCUAAGGCUUAUGGUCAGCCGCAUAUUAGGAGAGCUUGAAGCAAAAGAUGAGAAAAUGAAAAAAUAUCGGGAUGCAGCCUUGGACCUCCUUAGAGGUUUUGCCGCUUACCAGUGGAGCAUGUCACCCGAGAAGACAACACUGAGGAAAGAUUGGGUGGAGGAGCUACCAUACAUUAUAUGGACUUAUCAAACUGCUCCGAGGAAAACAACUCAAGAGACGUUGUUUUCCCUAACCUACGGGUUUGAGGCAAGGGCCCUCACGGAGAUCUCACUACUGAGUUAUCGGGUGGAAAAUUUUGAUGCGAAAGACAAUGAGAGAAACCUAGUAGCAGAACUCCACUUGAUCGACGAGAGAAGAGAAAGGUCCUACAUGCGAGCUGAGAACUACCAUCGGCAAGUCAAGACAUAUCACGACCAGAGAGUCUGACCCAGGCUAUUCCAGCAAGGAUAUUGGGUUUUGAGGAAAAGGAAAUUCAACAAGCCAACCGAGGAAGAAAAGUUUGUAAAGAACUACGAAGGACCCUUACAUCAUAAAGGGGGUGUUGGUGGACGGAACCUACCAAUUACAAACCCCAAGUGGGGGAGAUGUCCUAUAUCUUUGGAAUAGAAAAAAUUUGACCAGAUUUUAUUAGUUACUUGCAAUGAAUGUACUCCAUUAUUACCAAUGAAUGAACUUAAUUUGA